AUGCUCCAGACUCGCCCGACGUCUGCUACUGGAAGGAUGCCUUCAUCACAACAGCAACCCAUUCCCCAAUAUGGCGCUAACCAGGCACCUCGAUCUUCCUACCACAGCAAUGCCAACCUUACCGGCUACCGUGGGAGUUCAACUCCCGUUCAGCAGUACGCUUUCCAGGCUACACCGACUCUGAACCAACCUUACAGGAUGAAUGCGGCAGAGUACGAUCCCAGCGUCACUCACCACCGCUUUCCGAACUAUGGUCCUCCGGUCACAAACUCGAGCCCAGGCGGGACUCGUGAUGAUACUGCCAUCCUGCAAGCCAGGCAAGCGUCUGCCAACCGCAGUGCUCCUGUCCCCGCAUCCACCCCCUCCCCAGCUGCAAGUGACGAUGCUCGACAUGCGCCAAAGCAGGAACAGUCUGCCAAACAAAUCAACGUUCCUCCCCGGGACUCGUCCGCGAAUGUUGGCAAGCGUAUUACCACGCCGUCGCCACUGUCCAAGCCGGUGACCAUGGGAGCAGAGUCCGCUGACGGCGCUGCGCCCAACACCGCCAAUCUGAGCUCGCCCGCUGCCAAGCAGCUUGCUGCCAUCAACCAAAAGGGCAGCAAGCCCAAGGGUAAGACUUCACGACUUCGACGUGCGUUCUCCUUUGGUAGCGCGGCUGAGCUGCGGAAAGUCGAUGAGGAGGGCGGUGCCAGCCAGAAGCCAGAGCCAUCGAGACUGCACAAGGAGCCGAGCCCUUAUGAAGCCUACGAUGCAGAGCAGGCCAGGAUUGCAGAGGCACAAGAGGCCGCCGGAAUUGGCAGCAGCAUCUACGGCGGACGCUUCUUCGGUGGCUCCACUGACAAUCUGUCCAUCUCCUCGACGGCAUCCUCGGCUUCCAUCAUGAUCCGGAAGAUGGGACGCGGCAUGAAGAAGAGCACGCGUAACUUGGCAGGCCUCUUCCGUCCCAAGUCCGUGAUCGGCGUCGCACCAGCAGACGGCCCCGUCUCGCAGGAAGGCAGCCAGGCCGCCGUGUCCAUGGUCACCGUGGAGGCGGAGACGCAGCGCGUCAACGUCACUGCCGACCCGCAGCAGGGCAGCGAUACUUUCCCCCAUCUUGAGCGAAAUUCAAUCGAUGCGAACCGACUGCCGGAGAUGAGGCACGAGCGCGCCGGCAGCUCGAGCACGGACAAUUCCAAUUCGCGCAAGAGCAUCGUCGGUGGCGACAAGGAUCGAGCCGAAGUCCUCGCGGCUGUACGCAAGGGUAUCCUGAAGCGUUCUGGCUCCGCCAGCCCUACCGUCCGCCCAGUGGAUGCCUUGCCGACAUUGACGAGCCCUCCUGCCAUUACCGACUCGCCCAACUCGAGCGCUCCCAGCACGCCCAACGAAGAGGCUCAGGGCCACCGCCGCACCGGAUCGGUUGCAUUGGGCACCGAAGAUUACUUCAUGACGGCCCUCCGUCUCCGCCAGGAUACCAAGAGCGCCCCUGGAACUCCCCAGGGCAGCCUGAAGCGCUCCGCCAAAUUUUCGCAGCGUAUCGUCUUCCAUGACACUUGGCCUCCUCAAGAAUACGAUCGUCGAGGCGAGGUCGCAACGUGCAAUCGUCUCACGCCAUUGCUUGCGCAGCAAAUCAAGGAAGAGCUCAACACAUUCAAGAUGGAGAUGGAAGUUCACGAGAACUCCAAGAUUUAUACACACUUCUUUUAA